UCCCGAGACCCCAUCGCAAACUAAAAAAAAGAAAUAAAUAAUUACAUCUUUCUACUUUCCCACAAUAUCAAGACAGAGCAGAGUCCAAAACUCCCACUCCAAUUCUGCUAUUUAGCCUUUGAUCCUGUAGCUAAUAGUGAGAUUUGAUCGUAAGCGAAAUCAAUCCGCAGAAACUCAGAUAGAUAGAGAGAGAGAGAGACUAUAAUGGCGUCUAUGGCUGCAAUCGGAGCUCUAAAGGUACCUGCUGCUUCGUGUUCCGAUUCCACCCGGAUAGUCACGGAGGCGGUUCCGGCGAGGACUCUUUCUUUCUCGUCUUCUGUAGGUUUAUCCGACGAGAAGCUUUCUCUCAGAGCCACCGUGUCUCGUCGUCGCGAAUCCGUUGCUCGUGGCCGAGUGAGGAAUCCGAUGAUCGUGUCUCCUAAGGCGGUCUCCGAUUCUCAGAAUUCGCAGACUUGUCUCGAUCCUGAUGCGAGCAGGAGUGUGUUGGGGAUCAUCUUAGGAGGUGGUGCUGGGACUCGUCUCUAUCCUCUUACCAAAAAGCGAGCGAAACCAGCUGUUCCUCUUGGUGCAAACUAUAGGCUCAUUGAUAUUCCUGUGAGCAACUGUCUCAACAGCAACAUAAACAAAAUCUAUGUCCUUACACAGUUCAAUUCCGCGUCUCUAAAUCGCCAUCUUUCACGAGCUUAUGCGACUAACAUGGGAGGUUACAAGAAUGAAGGUUUUGUUGAAGUCCUUGCCGCUCAACAAAGUCCGGAAAACCCCAACUGGUUCCAGGGGACAGCUGACGCGGUGAGGCAAUACUUGUGGUUGUUCGAGGAGCACAAUGUUCUUGAGUAUCUGAUUCUUGCUGGGGAUCAUUUGUAUCGAAUGGACUAUGAGAAGUUCAUUCAAGCACACAGGGAGACUGAUGCUGAUAUCACAGUAGCUGCACUACCAAUGGACGAGGAACGAGCCACUGCUUUUGGGCUGAUGAAGAUUGAUGAGGAAGGACGCAUAGUUGAGUUUGCUGAAAAGCCAAAGGGGGAGCAACUAAAGGCCAUGAAGGUUGAUACAACAAUUCUAGGUCUUGAUGAUAAGAGAGCCAAGGAAAUGCCUUAUAUUGCUAGUAUGGGUAUUUAUGUUGUUAGCAAAGAUGUAAUGCUAGAAUUACUGCGGAACACGUUUCCUGGAGCUAAUGACUUUGGAAGCGAAGUCAUUCCUGGUGCCACUUCCCUUGGACUGAGGGUGCAAGCUUACCUAUAUGAUGGCUACUGGGAAGACAUCGGUACUAUUGAAGCAUUCUAUAACGCAAAUCUUGGAAUAACCAAAAAACCAGUUCCUGAUUUUAGUUUCUAUGAUCGCUCCGCUCCGAUCUACACGCAGCCACGUUAUUUACCACCGUCUAAGAUGCUUGAUGCUGAUGUCACGGACAGUGUCAUCGGAGAGGGAUGCGUUAUCAAGAACUGCAAAAUUCAUCACUCCGUGGUUGGACUCCGUUCCUGCAUAUCAGAAGGUGCUAUUAUCGAAGAUUCGUUAUUAAUGGGAGCUGACUAUUACGAGACUGCUUCGGAAAAGAGCCUCCUAACGGCGAAAGGGAGUGUACCCAUAGGUAUUGGGAAAAGCUCGCACAUCAAAAGAGCCAUCAUCGACAAAAACGCACGUAUCGGUGACAAUGUCAAGAUCAUAAACAGCGACAAUGUGCAAGAGGCAGCAAGAGAAACUGAAGGAUAUUUCAUAAAGAGCGGAAUUGUAACCGUUAUCAAGGACGCCUUAAUCCCAACCGGCACUCUCAUCUAAACCACACACAUAUUGCUCCCUUCUUUAUAUCUCUUUCUAGUUUCUACCUAUGAAAACAGGCAAAGACAUACUUUGAUGAUGUAUACCCCUAUUUAAUAAGUUCUCGUAAUGGCUUUUAAGCCCCAUCUCUACAUCUAUUACUUUUUUUA